AUGCCACGUAUCACAAAAUUGAUCAUCUUGGCCUGUUUGGUUUUAUAUGUCUGUGGAGAUCAAAUUGUGCCAGCAGCGUUUCAGAAGAUUUUCCCUAAGGCUGGAGCGACAAAAGUUAAAGCGCUCACCACCAAUGUCAACAAGCAAACAGUCAUAGCCAAGGCUAAAGAAGUAGUGAAGAAGUGGAUGCCAAAUUGGGUGGAAGUUUCACCGAUGGUCGUGGAUUACGAAGCACAAGCCAAGGCCAAAGCAGCUGCUCAGAAAAAGGCUCUCACAUUUAUAGAUUACCGAUUUUCGUUGAAAAAAUACAUAAACUAUGUCUACAAUCAAGCAGUUAGCACCAAAUACCUAACACUGGCAGAGGCAGAUAGCAUGCGCACGUUACUCUGGUCUACGGAUAAAAAGGCUAAAAACGACUGGAGUGUGGCUUCGGUGAACUUUAUGACUGAAGCAUCGAAGAAGAUCCAAAAGACACCGAGUUUCCAGCAAAAGAUUACAGAUUUCACUGGAAAUUUCGCAAAAGCCAACCCAAAGGAUUACGCUAACUUGAAAUGGACCUUUUAA